AAAGAGGCAGAAAUGUAGGGGAGAGAAAGAGGCACCUUUCGUCUCGCUGUCAUGCGGUCUUAUAGGCUGCUAUUAUUAUGUUGGAGGUAGUUGUCCUAGGCCCAAUUGCCCCUUAUUUUACAGGUUCAACAACGCCCACACAUGCAUUAAUGACCCUAAAACUAUGACAAAUAGGCCUGUUGGUGGGACCAUCCUUAAAAAAAACACCCCCUAAAGCGCCUUCCCCAUCAAUAAAAUGAGGGCACCUACCCCCACAAUUCCUUAACUCUUGAUCUCCCUACUCUCUUUCUCUCUCUUACUUGACACUCUCUUACUUGACUCUCUUUCUCUCUCUAACUCUCUCUCUCAUCCUACAACCGCGGCAACAGUAAUGAGCAAAUGCCAGGCCCAUUCCAGUUUCUGAACCUUCUUGGGAUUACACUUGCUUUGUCCUUCUCACCAAUCAUGUGACUCUCCUUCUCUCUCUUCAUCCACCAUGCUGGGUAACUCACUAGGGUUUCAGGCCCUAAGGACCUGGAGCAAGAAGAGUUCACUCUCUUCUAUCCAGGUCUCCUUUCCCUCUUCCUCUUCCUCUUCUGAACCGUGAGUUGCAGAACAGGUGGCUCCUCUCUCUUUUACUGUGCCUCUUUCUACUGAUGGUUUUGAAGUGAUUUCUUUUGUGGGGAAAUUUUUUUUUUUGGGGGUAAAGGGAGAUGUACUCUGCAUUUCAUUCGCUUGAGAAAGGGCUUGGGCGUGAGGAUUUACAGGGAGCUCUUGAAGGUACGAAUCUACCCGGUGAUGCUUGCUUGGUUCUCACUACGGAUCCGAAGCCGAGACUCAGAUGGACUGCCGAGCUUCAUGAGCGAUUUGUUGAUGCAGUUACUCAGCUUGGUGGCCCUGAUAAAGCAACACCAAAGACCAUAAUGAGGACGAUGGGUGUAAAAGGCCUUACUCUUUAUCAUUUGAAGAGUCAUCUUCAGAAAUACAGGCUAGGCAAGCAGUCAUGCAAGGAGUUCACUGACAACUCCAAAGAGGAGAGUCAAGGAACAACUUCUUCCUCAUCUUCGAAAUUGGCGAGCCAAGACAUGAAUGAGGGGUACCAGGUAACCGAGGCACUGCGGGUUCAUAUGGAAGUGCAGAGAAGACUACACGAACAGUUGGAGGUUCAAAAGCAUCUCCAACUUCGAAUCGAAGCCCAAGGCAAGUACCUGCAAUCGAUAUUGGAGAAAGCCUGCAAGGCGUUGGCUGAUCAAACUGUGGCUUCUGCUGGCCUAGAGGCUGCACGCCAAGAGCUCUCGGCACUGGUCAUCAAGGUCUCUAAUGGCUGUCUCAGUGCCCCUUCUGAGUUUUUGAACCUUCCCAUUUUGCCAGAAAUGGCAUCAGUUUGUGUGGAUGAUAAGAAGCUGAACAGGCAGGCCCAAAUGGCUGAUUGCUCAGCUGAUAGUUGUGCAACCUCCAAUGAGAGCUCGGCUGGAGCACCUCUUCAAUCAGGGGGGAAGAAGAGAUUGAGACCCAUGUAUUGUGAAGGUGAUUCACUGGUUUGGGAGGGUGAGGCUCGACAAGAUCCACAAUGGAUGACCCCUCUCUGAGGCCUGACGUUUUGGGCUGAAAGUUGUGUUUCUUGAUGCUAUUGUACCAUGAGAUCUGUAUAUUUUGAUCAACACUUUGUCACUCGUUUGGAUCUUUUACACUACAAUGUAGUGGAUAACACUAGUUUAAGAAGAUGGGUGAAUCGAGCUUGGUGGGAUAGUCUGACCGUAA